AUGGAUCGGCAAUUUACAGUAGUUGUCGCCAUGAUGUUAUUGGCAGUGAGCAGCGCCUUGGCAGCGGAAGCACCAGCAGGAUCACCAAAGAAGGCUCCAUCGCCAACAGCCGCACCCACAAACGCUCCAUCGGCUCCGACUAAGUCUCCGGCCGCCGCGCCGAAGGCAUCCUCCUCCUCGCCCUCCCCUUCCCCAGAGGCUUACUCCCCCGAUGGUUCCUCCGACGAUGACGACUACACUCUCUCCCCCGUCGACGGCGGCGACGGAGACACCAUCUCCUCCCCACCGGCUCCCACCCCCGACUCCUCCGUCUCCGACGGGCCCGCCGAGGCACCCAUCGAAUCCGCCCCCGAGAAGGCCGCUGCCUCUACCCUCAACCUCUCCUUCGCCGGCUCCAUCGCUGCCGCUGCCUCUGGCUUCUUCUUCUUCUCCUUCUAA